CGCGAAAAACGCCUGGCCGCCCUCGAACUCCGGCUUCAACUCGUCGAGGGGGCGGAGCAGCAGGCCAAGUCCGCCGCCGCGGGCCAGGGCCAGGGCACCAGGGUGGUCAGGCUCGACGUGGGCGGGCGCCACUUCACCACGAGCCUCGCAACCCUCACCUCGGAGGCCGACUCCAAGCUGGCGGCCAUGUUCGACCACCACGAGCUCGAGCUGCAGGACACCAACGACGGCCGCGUGUUCAUCGACCGCGACCCCGUCACGUUCGCGCUCAUCCUCGACUGGCUGCGCACCUCCGACCCGCCGACGGGCCUGAGCGCGGACCUGGAGCGGCGGCUCCGGCGCGACGCCGCCCACUACGGCCUUGCGCGCCUGGUUGCCGCGAUGCAGAAGAGCGAUGUCGACGUCGGUAGCAACGAGCGCCGCUACGAGAAGAUCACGAUCGAGCAGCUGUGGCAGCUGACGAACGAAAAGUCCAACGUGCAGCUGGCGGGCGUCGAUCUGCGCGGCGUGUGUCUGAGCGGGCUCGACCUCACGCGAGCGCGGUUCACGCGGUGCAAUCUGGAAGGGGCCGACUUCGAGUGGGCCAACCUGAACGAGGCGCGGCUGAUCGACUGCAACCUCAACCGAGCGAUGAUGGCGGGGGUGCAUCUUUCUAAGGCCAACCUGUCGAGUUCUUCAUGUGUGGGCACCAACCUGAAAGGAGCGGUGCUGGAGGGCGCAAUGAGGAAGCUGGUCGCCCGCGGCCCCCUCAGAGAGACGGUGGAGAGCUGCGGGUGCGUGGGCGACCCCCUGCCCCACUACCAGGCGCACAACCACGUGAGCCCCGUCACGGAGGUCGUCUACGAGUACCGGCCCAUCAGCGCCUUCCUCAUCGCCCCCACCGCCGUGCGGGCCACAGUCACCAUCGAGGAGCUGCGCUGGACCGUGCCCUACCCCGAGGGCAUCCUGCCCUACCUGCGCGAGCUGCCCUCGGAGUACCCCCUGGCCGACCAGCUGAAGAGGGCCGCCUCCACCGGCUCCACCGAGUUUGCCACGCUCAUCUCCUCGACCCUGUGCCCCGCCUCCGAGCAGGCACAGGAGCAGAGCAUCCCGCCCUUCUGCGCUCAAUCCGCCUAA